AUUCAUCCACUUUCUGAAGAACCUGCCUGGUACUCCUUCCUCAUAGUUCAGAUUAUUUACCUACUUAACUGGUCAGACUUUCUCCAGUUUGUUGCUUUGAAGAAGUUGAGACAAACUUCCAAGACCGAUGGCCGACUCUGCAGAAGAUGCUCCCCUGUCCAGAGGGAGUAUGGCGGGCAGUGAAGAAGUCCUUAUUGCCCCCGCAGCGUCCACAGGCGGAUCCUCCAACAGCCGUGCCUUUAAGGUGGCGGGUCUGACGACUCUGGCCUGUCUGCUUCUGGCCAGCCAAGUCUUUACUGCCUUUAUGGUGUUCGACCAGAAGCAGCAGAUCCACUCCCUGCAGAAGAACUCUGAGAGAUUGGGGAAACAGCUGACUCGCUCAUCCCAGGCUGCGGCUUCAAUGAGGCUGCCAAUGAACAGCCUUCCUCUGCUGAUGGACUUUUCAAAUCUGGACAUCAAGACAACCAAGAAACCCCUGACUGUGCUGCAGGACACUGUUGCCAGCGUGGAGACACAGCUGAAGGAUCUCAUGCAGGACUCCAAGCUGCCGCAGUUCAACGAGACCUUCCUGGACAACCUGCAGAACCUGAGGCAACACAUGAAUGAGAGCGAGUGGAAGAGCUUUGAGUCCUGGAUGCGUUACUGGCUGAUCUUCCAGAUGUCCCAGCAGGAGCCUGCAACCCCGACACCUGAGUCAGCCUCUGUGAUCAAGACCAAAUGCCAGGUCGAGGCAGCAGCUGGAUCCGCCAAGAUCGGUUCCUACAAGCCCCAGUGUGACGAGCAGGGCAACUUCAUGCCCAUGCAGUGCUGGCAUCCCACCGGCUACUGUUGGUGUGUGGACAAGAGUGGCACAGUCAUCGAGGGCACCUCGAUGCGCGGUCGCCCCGACUGUCAGAGAGCCGCAGUGUUUCCUCGUCACAUGCUGUCACCCAGGCUGAUGCAGAAGACCAUCAACAUUGAAGAUUAGAGAAACAAAUGAAGCACAGUGCGGGCUGUUUCUUUUCAUCAAGCUUCGCAAACAUGAGAAAUCGAGUAUUUCAAGAUAGAUACAGAUCAGUGAUGGUUUUAAUUCCUGAUCAGUUAGUGCACAGCCAUGUAAUCUCUUAAUUUUACAAUUUUGCCGGCUGCUUAUAAUCAAAUCAAUAGAGGCUUGUUACAGUGUAUUGCUUUUAAUGGUGACGGUGUUCUCAUUGCAAUUUUAACCAAGAUAUCCAUAUGAUCUACAGUGUAUUAAAGUAUGCUUGUCUUUAAAGAAUGCUUUUUGGGUAUACAUAUUUUCUCCCUUAUUUCUACUAGUAUCUAGACAAAGAGGUGGUCCAGGUUUAAAUAUAUAGUCUUUGACGUGUAUUCCUAAACCCCACAACAACGGACAAAUGUAAGUUUGUUUAUGUUGCAUACAGCAUUGAAACAUUACAUUUAAAAAUGUAAACAGCUGGACUUUUUCCAGAAACAAUGUCCUUUGCUACUCUGAUAAUCCACAGAGCACACUGGAUAGAAAGUAGUUCCAGUAGGAAUUGUUCACAGUGAAACUUGUUUGUUUUUUUUGAUGUGUUUUAAUGCUGUGAGCAUCUAAAACAAAAGAUAUAUGAGAGUAAAGUGAGAAACUAUGGUUGUUUUUCUUUUUUGUAAUUUGGGUGAGCCGACCCUUUAAAGAUAGUGAACGUAUGAGGAAGUGACUUUUCUAUGAAGUGUUUGUGUGAAGAAGAAUAAAUAAAGUUUUCCUUUCAA